AUGUCGCCCAAAAAGGUCGUCAUUAUAGGCGCCGGCGCAGCUGGCAUGUCAUGCGCUGCUACCCUGGCCAAGCACCCAGAAUUCACAGUGACCCUCAUUGAUGUUGAGUCUUAUACUGGCGGCCAGGCUACUUCAAUUCCACUGGAUGAGUCUAAGCUUGGAGCGACUUGGCUCAAUGAUGGUGUCCAAGGCGGGUCACAGAUCUUCCGACAUACGUUUCAUUUCUUUCGUCGCUAUGGUUAUGAGCCACAACCAGUCAAGCUUCAAGUCGCUUUUGGGAAGGGAAAAGACUUCUGGACCAAUGUGUUUCCAAGCCCUUUAGUUGACGAGCAUUCAGCGGAGAUCAAAAAGCUUUCGCGAGUCCUAUCUUGUAUCAAGUACAUGAUGCCUAUACUCGGAAUCAUGCCAGUGAAACUCGUUUUGCGACUUUUUCGGUUCAGCAAUGAUUUUAGCAACAAAAUGGUCUUGCCCCUUCUGGCUCUCUUUCUGGGGACAGGGAAUCAGACGCCCAAUGUAUCAUGUCUCCUAUUGGAGCGGCUUUUCAACGACCCUCAGAUGAAGCUGUGGGAAUACGACCCAGAUACACUGUUGCCGAAUCUUCCUACUAUGUAUACAUUCCCAAACUUGAGCAGCUUCUACCGUGACUGGGCAGCGGACCUCCGUACCAAAGGUGUCAAUAUCCGUCUCAAUUGUCAAACAAGAAUCUUGGAGCGAGGAAAGAAAGGGGUCUUGCUUGAAGUUUGCGACCGUGAUGACGAUCAAACACCAAGCAUUCCAUUAACAGAGAGAUUUGAUAGCUUGGUAAUGUGCUGUCCCGCGGAUGAAGCAAAAAGACUGCUUGAUCGACACGCCACUUGGCAGGAAAGAUAUGUUUUGGGCGGCGCGAAAUUUUACAACGACAUCACCAUAACGCACUCUGACUCGGAAUACUUUCAUAAAAAUUUUGAAGCCCAGUAUGACCCAACUCUCUGUGCCGAGGACACAUCUCAGGAAAGAAAAGAGCAUAUCAAAUUUGCCGAGCAGCAGCCACGCAGUCAGAAAGAUGGCUGGCUGGGAUUUUGCCCGAUGUACUAUACACGUUCCUAUGCAUCUGAUCCAGCAAGAAUUGAAAUGGGGUUUGACUGUAGCAAUUAUCAACACCAAUUCCGUCAAAACUUGGGGGAAGAUAAACCGCCACUACCGCCUGCUCAACAUGUUUUCCAAACUAUCUUCUUGAACGAAAAGCAGAAAGAUCUAUGGACUUGGGAGGAUAUUGAUCCAUCUAAAAUAAUUUCUCAAAAAUGGUGGCACCAAUUUGGGCACCGGUGGCAGCACUAUCUCAGAGUUGUCCCGGGAAUGAUGCUAAUUAAUGGCACCAAUCGGACACUAUAUGCAGGCAGUUGGACGAUGGUGAAUAUGCAUGAGAUUGCGUGUAUCUCGGGUAUUGCAGCAGCAUAUAAACUUGGUGCCACGUAUGAACCAUUCGAUGACUUUGCCGAGGACUUUUUUGCGAAGUAUCUGCUAGUUUGUCACGCAACAAGGUACAAAAGGACGAAGGCAAAGGACACAUGA